CUGCGCCGUGACGUCAUCGCGCGGGGACGGCGGGGGGCCAUGGGCGCGCGGCGGGCGCUGCACUUCGUCUUCAAAGUGGGCGACCGCCCGCGCAGCGCGCGCUUCUACCGCCAGCUGCUGGGCAUGAGCGUUCUGAGGCACGAGGAGUUCUCGGAGGGCUGUAAGGCUAGCUGCAACGGCCCUUAUGAUGGAAAAUGGAGCAAAACAAUGGUGGGCUACGGGCCAGAAGACAAUCACUUUGUUGCAGAAUUGACUUACAACUACGGUAUUGGAGAAUAUCGCCUUGGCAAUGACUUUUUGGGCAUAACCCUUGUGUCCAGCCAGGCUGUGAGCAACGCGAAGGAGAUGGGGUGGCCCCUCAAGGAAGUCACAGCUGGUGUCUUUGAAACUGAAGCCCCCGGGGGUUACAAGUUCUACCUGGAAGACAAGGAACAGCUAAAGCAAGAUCCUGUGCUGAAGGUAACCUUGGGCGUCUCUGAUCUGCAUAAGUCCAUUAACUACUGGUCUGAUUUGCUUGGGAUGAAAAUAUAUGAGAAGGAUGAGGAAAAACAAAGGGCCUUGCUAGGCUACGCGGAUAACCAGUGUAAGCUGGAGCUGAAGACCGUUGGAGGAGCAGUGGAUCACGGGACAGCGUUUGGGCGGAUUGCCUUUUCCUGUGCCAAGGAAGAGCUGCCAAACAUCGAAGCACUGAUGAAAAAGGAGAAUCAGAAAAUUUUAACACCUCUGGUUAGCUUGGACACACCCGGCAAAGCUACAGUGCAAGUGAUUAUUCUGGCUGAUCCUGAUGGCCAUGAAAUCUGUUUCGUGGGAGACGAAGCGUUUAGAGAUCUGUCCAAGGUGGAUCCUAAUGGUGACAAACUGUUAGAUGAUGCCAUGGAAGCAGACAAGAGUGACUCGUGGUUUGCUGCGCAAAAGAAGAAGAAGGCGUCUGCUUAGCUGGAGAAAGAGGCAGGACUGGCUGGUCACUCGUGCCUUGGUUUUUGUCUGAGCAAAAUGCCAAUCAUCUGUGACGUGUUGCAUUGCCCCUUCCAGUGGGAGGGCGCAGUAUUGUCCCAUCAUUUUUGUUUGUUUGUUUUAAGCUUGUAUCUCUCCUUGCUGCUCUCUCCUUUCAAGCAAUGUCGUGUGCCCCUUCAUACGUGGGUGAAAAUUAAGGAUAGGCUGGGCAUGUGGCUUCCAAACUGGAGCCAUCAGGAGAACCUUAUGUAUUCCUAGUGUGAUUAUACGUGAAAAAGAGCUUGCUAGAUUAAUUAGAAUAUCCAGUUCUGUAAUUAAUGGGCUUCAGCUGUCCGAACUUGUGGUUUAGGGCAGAGACUUUCAGGCGGCCAGUGCAAAGGCCCCGCUUUGGUGGUGAGGUGCCAGGUGAGGGGAGGGGCUGCUCGUGGACCACUCGAGCACUUCGGCUGUCGGAGCGAACGCCUCCCUGAGAGCACAGUCGUCAUCUCGCUAAAACAUGCGGCUCUGCUGGUCUGGAACAAACGGCAGCUCCAUGCCAAGGUGUUUCCCAGCUUUCAAGGUGAGGUGUUCGCUCAAGAAGCCUGUGGUGGAUCCCACUGGGACCGUGCUGCACGAGGAUGCUCUGGGCUCCUGCGUACGUCAGCACGCGUCGCGUCUCAGGUGCCGGGCGUGUAACCAGCAGGCAGCUCGAAAUAAGUGUACAAUGGUUUUGUAAUUAGCUUUGAUGUGGAAUUACCCUCGGAAAUAACAGUGCAAGGGUUAUUUUAUCAGAAUGAAAUCACUUGGCUUCUGCUAGUGGAACAAGAACAGGGGGUGCGGGGGGUGAUUACCCACACGGUGCGUGUCGGGUGUGCUGCCUGGUUUUUAACCUUUCUUGGAGAAAGCCUUCAGUUUCCCAGAAAAAGCAGGCAAAAUCAACAGCGUGAGCAAUCAGAGACAUGUCGGUGCCUGUAGCGAAUGUGCUGAGUUUACAGGGGGGGGGAGGCAAGCCCUCGAUGUGAUUUGGGUUUACCUUUUUGAUGCAGUUGACUGAAUCACGGACUGACCGGGCUGAGCCUGAUCUGUGCAGUCGGCCUUUACAUGAAUAAAGGUGAUUCGUGACGA